AUGCCUUCAAUCCUUCUGGUGAAUGGCCCCAACCUCAACCUCCUCGGCACACGAGAACCCCAUCUAUAUGGCAGUACCACACUGAAAGACGUUGAGCAAGCGGCGGUGGCUCAAGCCGAGGCUGCCGGAGUCCAACUAGAAUCAUUUCAAUCAAAUCAUGAAGGUGCCAUUAUCGAUAGACUGCAUGCAGCUCGCGGGGUGGUGGACGUGAUUGUCAUCAACCCAGGCGCCUUUACACACACAAGCGUUGCUAUCCGCGACGCCCUCAUCGGAGUCUCAAUUCCUUUUAUAGAGGUUCAUAUCACCAACGUCCACGCACGAGAGUCGUUCCGACAUCACAGCUACUUGUCGGACAAGGCGACUGCGAUCAUUAUUGGAUUGGGAACUCAUGGAUACACCGCCGCCAUUGAGCAUGCCAUUAAGAAUCUUAUCAAGUCAUGA